ACAGAAAGACGGUCGGACGGACAGACGGACCGACAGACAGACGCCGCUUCCCCUCCGCUUCUCUCGCCAGUCGGUCGCGCGUUACCGAGCGAAGUGGAUGAGUUCGCGAACGCGCUCCCGCUAAAGGCCUCUGCUGUUUGUGUCUGGCCGUAGGCGACUUCGGUAUUCCGUUUCUUCUUGCCUCUACCCCGAGCCGAGCAUUACCCAUUCUCUCUCUCGUGUGCCUCUGCCAUCGUGUGCGCUUCUUCACCUCUCGUACUCUCGUGUUUGUCUAGACGCCACGCAUCGUGCUACACACCCGGCUAUCGUCACCAUCGCCGCCGCCGCCGCCUCGCCUCCACCUCUCGGAAUAAUAUAUCCAGCAGUGUGUUUUCUUGUGCUCGCGGAGCACCGGCGAGGGACGCGCCUUCACGAGAAAGAUUUCGCCUCGUCGCGCCACUUACGACGCUCUCGACUACCGAGGUCAGUUUCAUUGGACGCGCGACACCUGAUCGAUCACAGCAUCCGAAAAGCGCAGACGAGAGACAGGUGAGCCAGAAGGAGAUAAAGAGACAAAAAGAUGGGAGCGAGACAGAGCAGAAGGUCCGUGGACAUAACGACGACUCCGAAGAAGGAAGGGUUGCCCGCCGAAGGAGGUGUCGGUGAUGCAGCUGCACCUGGCGAUGGCAAGCUGGAAAGGAUCGAGGAGGCCGACACGAAGCCCACUACUAAUGGAAUAGCGCCGCACACGGACGUGACCGAGGAUAAAGACAAGGAUAAGGACGACGCGACGGAAAAGGACAAGGAUAAAGAGAAGCAGGAAGAGGUAGUAAAGGCCGAGGAAGCGAAGCAAGAAUCGGCUGGAGAAUCUCCCGCGGAAACGGCGGCGGAGGUCACAACACCGACAGAAGGCACUCCAGCUAGUCCCAACACUGCCACUUCUCCAGAGAACAAGGAAACCAAAAAGAAAGAGAAGAUGAAGAAAAAGUGGUCCUUCAGGUCGAUCAGCUUCAGCAAGAAGGACAAGAACAAGCCUGCCCGCGAAGAAGCACCCAAGAAUGGAGACGUCACCAAGGAGGAACCUCUCGCCGAGGGUGGCGAGGAAGCGGAGAACGGAUCAGCCACGGCGGGUAGCCCGUUGGAGGAAAAAUCGGCAGUAAGUAGUCCAACGGCGGAGAACGAGGCGGCCCUUGUAGCAGCCGCGCCAACACCGUCGACCGAGACAAAGGAAGAGAGCGCAGCAUCGGCCACCAGUAGCCCCGCCGAGGAUAAGACAGAGGAACCCACUCCUUCUGCUCCAACUCCCGUCCCUGUCGAGGAAAAGAAAGAGGAGGUCGAAAAAGUCGAGGCCGAGAAAAAAGUAGUCGAGGUCAGUCCAGCCGGUGGUCAGUUCGUACCGGACCCGGUAGAAGUCUCCGUAUUCCGAGUCCAGACAGUCGCUACGCCAUCGUCUAUCAUUGAGAGGAAAACCAGUGAGGAUAUCCCUUCCCUGCCUCCGUCCAGUCCGCCGCCAACCCCCAUUGAUUCCUCGCCUUUGCAGCAGGCUCAGCAGGCCGCGGCGACCGCGACCGCGCUAGCGGAGGCCUUUAAGCUGCCUGCCGAGGCUGCUGACAAGGAUUUAAUUACACCGUCAACCUUAUCUUCCCUCUGUCCAGAGCGUAACGACCCGUCAACACCAGCCGCGGAAUCUCUCGAUGCGACUUCCAUCCAGAGACCGCCUUCGAGUUCUUCUUUCGUUGACGAACAGCAACAACAACAACAACCCCCCCGAACAGAAUCGACUCUUGUCCCUCCGAGCGUAGAGGCUCUACCGGUGAUAGACACAGACGCGUCUAAUCUCGCGGACGAGGCUACCAAAAAUUUCGAAUCGCUUAACGCCGGUGACGGCGACAACGCUGCGACCGAUAACACUGCCGAGGUCGACGCUCUUCCGCCUCUCGAGAGCGACGCAAACAGCCUUUCUGGCGUUCCAGUUGACCGACUGGAGUCGCCAUCGUCUGAGAGCAGUGUCAACCGGAAACUUGUAACGGAGGAGACUCCGCUCUCCGAAGAAAGCAACGAAGUCGAAGGGUCGACUCGCGAGCUCGGAGGCGCCGACGAAAACGUCGAACGUUCUUGCGACGCGAGCCUUCCGGAAAAAAUGCAGGUCGUUGAACAGCCUUUGCUGUUGUCGAAUGAAAUUGGCGAUCUCGAAGGCGCCAGAUCGAUCGAGAACGAAACCUCGGAAGUAGUAGUUGUGGAGAACGUAACGCAGGAGGACUUUGUUGCAUGCGAGAGAGAAAAGGUACCGGAAUCUGCGAAUACAAAGGAACGAGACGAGGAAUCGGUCGAAGAGGUUGUCGGGUCGGAUCAAAUUCUCCGAGAGGAGAUCGAGCAAGCGGAAGAAGCCGCGGUUAUCGACCCGCCGGUUUUAACGGUCGACGCGAUCGUGGAAUCCGAGGAAGGCCCUGUUCCAAUUUCGGAAGAGAUCGUAGUGGAGGCGAAGCCAGCCGUUGUCAUACCGGAGGACGAGGAAGAGACUGAAACGGUCGAAGAAGUAACGAAUGCCGACGCGUGUAUUUCCAGGAUAGAUGCCGAAACGAUUCCAGCCAUUCCGGACGUUGUUGAAGACAAAUUGGAAACGGAAACGGAGCACGACGUUGUCGUGCCUACGGAAGAAAUCUUUAUCUCCGAAGUAUCAGAGAAAUCGGAAGAUUCGUUUGUUUCUAACGAGGCGAUGAUCGAUCCUGUUCCGCCUGUUAUCGAUCUCGCGAUCGAGAACGUUGCCAAUAAAGCGGCAGACGUACCCGAGAUGACUAGGAACGAGGAGGAGUCGAUGCCUCCACCCUUGCCAGAAUCACCCAUGCCGCUUACCCCCCAGGAGAAAUUUUAUUCAGAGAGCGUGAUUAUCGCGGACGAUUCGAACGCAGUGCCUUCCCCCGUUGUUCACGUAGAGCCACAGAUCCUAGACGUAAAAGACACGCAAGAGGUAGACGGGUCUCCUUUUUCACUGCCACCACAACACAUCGAGGAGACGAGCGAAUGUUUUAUCGCGGAUAUUCCCGUUCCCCAGGUAGACAACGAAGCGUCGUUGAAAAUAUCAGACAGCCCGACGUGUCCCGUUAACGAGAAAGCCAUGUAUCUUCCGAGCGAGACACAGACAAAUUCCUCUUCGUCCAGACACUCUAGUCUCAUGGACGAUCUUCCCCCAGCCCCCGACGACACGAUUCAGCAGUCAGAUUCCUUCAAAUAUCCCUUACCACCGGAAGAGCUCUCCUGUUCGUUCAGUAUGUCCGAAGCGAAUAGCGAGCUUCCAAUUCCCGAUGAGAACGCAUCCAGCUUGAGAAAUCCGACAGAGACACUACCGAUACCACCGCCCAGAAGUCCCAGUCCCCUGUCCAACGUCAGUAUCACGUCCGGCCUUACGACAUCCACGAAAGACUCCUCGCAAACACUAUUGUACGACGACCAGAGCAAUCGAGAGUUCAAGAUGGAAUCGGUGUCGAUAAGCCUCAAUUCGUACAAUGAGUCCGACAUUGAGUUAAAGGAGAGGUUAGCAGAGUCUCUGGCGGAGACUGAGAAGCAGGAAGAGAGCUCGGUCUCGUGUCAGUUGUCGAACAACGCCACGUCGUCGGCUACUAUCCAGGAGAUCCAUCAGAGCACUCCGGAACCCGAGGUCCCAGUAGAAAACAAUCUGGCUCGUGACAGUACGACAGAAAGUUCAGCCGAUGCUAUCAAGGUUACAACUCCAGCCGUCCCAAGUGAGAUACCCGCCUCUCCGCCAUCUGCCCCAGCCAUCACCGAGGAUGUUGCCUCUGUAGCCAAGGCUAUCGAAGAGAUUGACAUAAGCGAUAAGGCUGUUGCGGCGGCAACCAUCGAAUGUAAUACGAACGAAAUUAUCGCGGAAGCACAUUACCAAAACAACAUAAACGAAUAAGCAUCACUAACCGAAUUGUAUUUUGGGAAGAAGAAAGUUCUUUUCUCUCGUUAAAACCAAAAAAGUAUAUUAUAUAGAUAUGUAUAUUUGGACCAUUCCUGCAACUAAACAGAAAAUAAUGUUCUUUCGUUACGAGCAAACAAAAAUAUGGAACGAUGUGACCGCGACAUCGCGAGAGCAUAUAGACUUUAUAGUAGGCCUAUUGAUAAUUAUUAGAUGGCAUUUGACGGCAGGGCGAAAGAGAGCAUUCAUGUAAUGUGAAUGACCGUAUCAUCGAAGAGAACGAAGUUACGAGGACGAGCCAGAUAGGAUAAAAUAUGAUUGAUUCCGAAAACAUGUAGUGCCGAUUAGCAAAUGGUAUCCCGAUGCAGAUGAUUUUUACUGUUCUUUUUCGAUAUGAAUAAAAUAUUUUCAACCGAGGGCCCCGUGUUUAUUUGUAACGUCGUGACAACUUGGCCCUGCUGUAAAAAAAAAAAAAAAAAAUUGGGAAAUUGUCAUUAUUGCUAUGUGUAAAUCGUAUCAUGCGACCAUCGUGCGACGGACAGACGAUACGUACGAACAUUAAAAUAAAGUAAAUAGUGGUGAAGAAGGAAACUUCAUUUGUCGCCUAUUCCA